GUAGGUUCAGUGCAGUUUCUGACUGAGCUCUGGACACACAGCUUCAGCCAUGAAGGUAACAGGCAUCCUGCUUCUCAUUGCCUUGGCUCUGCUGAGUUUAUCUGGUAACGCUAGAGCUGACCCCAUGGGAAGAAAGGCUGUAUGUACCAGUAAACUGAGUGGAUGUCCCAAGAUCUACAAUCCUGUCUGUGGGACUGAUGGAACUACAUAUCCCAAUGAAUGCGAGUUAUGUAUGGAAAAUAAGAAGCGCCAGAUUUCUGUCCUCAUUAAAACAGAUGGCCCUUGCUGAGAACCAAGGUUCUGAAAUCCUGUAAGGUCACCAUGAUACCCAGUUGGCCCGACUGUUGAAUAAAAAUGC